UGAUGACGUAGUAAACUUCCGCUCCGUGACCGUGAGCUAUUUGACAUGUUGGACGCAUGGAUGUAGUAGUUUGGACGGAAAAGUAACGUGCUGUCAACAAAUAUGAUGAAUUUAUCAGCGUUAGUUCACAGCCUCAGGUGCUCUUUGUUACACAUUGAGAGGAGACUCCUGCAGGCGGCCGGACUGGACACACAGCUGGCUCCAGCAUUGGCAGUGAACGGUCCCAGCCUCCUGCCUCAACUCCACAGGGAGGAUGAGCUGGAGAAGCAGCAGAGCCCGGAGCAGCCUCCUGGCCUCAUGGACAGCAUCCUGUGGAUGGCUGCACCAAAGAAAAGACGCACCAUAGAGGUCAACCGCACCAGGAGGAGAGCUGUUGAGAAACUCAUAAAAGUCAAGACCAGCAUUGAGCCAUGCCCAGAGUGUGGCCAUUUGAAGCAGAAACACAUCUUGUGUGCCUUCUGUUACGCCAAGGUGUGCAAGGAGACAGCUAAGAUUCGUUAUCAGAUAAAAGCGAUGGAAGGCGGCCCGCUGGGAGCCCCGACUGUGGAGACUGUCAUCCUGUAUGACGGUGAAACACCAAGUCAGCAGGACAAGGACAAGAGGAUAGUGGAGAUGCCCAGGAAGAGGCCGUACUGGUUCAGCUAUUGAUGCUGGGAUAUUAACACUGUGUGUGAUGCAUACUUUGAGUUUGACACAAGUCUGGUCAGACGCACACUGAUUCUUUACAUAAUGUAACAAACAGCGUUUAUUUGUCCAGUCUGUUGUUCGUUAAAUGAAGAAGGCUGAUGUGUUAGUUUUGUUUCCACAAACAUCUUCCAUAAAACGAUUGAUCAGCACUGACAUCAGGAGCCCUGAUAAAUGCUGGCACAUCAGACAUACCUGUUCACUGAUCUCUGUGAACAUACUGAUUGAUGUGUGUGUUUAGGGCAGCCUCAAGGUCAUUGGAGUUUAAAGCAUCAGAUGUUUUUUCAUGCUUCAACUGCUAUAUUUCAUAUUUUCAUCUGAGAUAUUUACUGUAUAUUUGAAUGUUUGAGAAUAAAUUCAUUAUUUGAAAAAAUAAUUUUAAUGUAUCUGCUUUGUUCACCUUUUUAAAAUAAAUGAGACCAUGCAGUGUACAA